GUGUUCUGGAAAAUGAAACUGUAAAGUGAAAACAGAUGGGCAAAAAAAAAAAGGGGUAACAGCCAAAAGAACAGGUACGUAGCGAGGAUGGCGAAUUUGUGAUAGGUGUAGGCCAGUAGGUACAUCUCCUAUCCCUUCCUUGGAAGCGCAGAUCAGAUCAAUUCACCCUCCUCUUCUGGUUUUCCCAAGGCCCAAAACCCAAAACCCCCUGAACUCUCUCUCUCUCUCUCUCUGCGAGCUGCCCCAGAAGACCCACCAUAAGAAAUCAAGGAUCAAUCUAACUCUUAUGUGGGUGUUGUGAGCUUAUGGUGUAUGGUGGUGCUUUAUUGGUGGAUGUUGACUCUGGCAUGUUCAAGGAGAGAUCGAGAGGGAUAUAAACGGAAGGGGAUGUGAUCAAGAAUUCUAUCAUGGAAGAGCCUCAGGUCCACGAGGACAGCGAAGUGGUAGAGAAUUCUGGAGGAUUAGUGGUUGUCUCAAAUGGAGGAGAUGAAGAUUUAGAACCAAAUGAGGGAAUGGCGUUUGAAUCUGAAGAGGCUGCCAGAGCAUUCUAUGAUGCUUAUGCCAAACAUGUUGGGUUUGUUACCCGUGUUAGUUCUUACAGUCGUUCCAAGCUUGAUGGGGCUAUUAUAGCACGAAGAUUGGUGUGUAAUAAGGAGGGUUUUAAGAAAGGGAAUGUUAAAAGGCCACUUGCAGUUACCAGGGAAGGUUGCAAAGCCAUGAUAAAUGUGAAGAGAGAAAAACCUGGUAAAUGGAUUAUUUCGAAAUUUGAGAAGGAACAUAGCCAUCCUCUGCUAGUUACCUCCAAGGCUCGCCGUAAUUGUCAACAGAAUCGAUCUUCGGAAGAUGCGAAGAGAAUUCGGGAACUCACUCAGCAGCUACAUCGUGCUAAUCAAAAGUGUGCAAUGUACCAGAGGCAUUUCAAUACAAUUCUGAAAGAUGUUGAAGAACACACAUCUCAUUUAUCUGAUAAAGUGCAAAAAAUAGUUCAUAAUAUUAGACAAAUCGAGAGUGAGGAUCAACAGCGUUCAAAAAAUGGGCAAUAGCAGCAGUGGCAGAUUUUAAUCCAAGUAAAUUUUGUUACAAUUUGAGUAUCUUUGUUUUGGUAUAGUUUUUAUUUUAGUUCUUAUUUUUUGAGUAUGCUGUCUUAUAGGCAUAUUUAUACGUAUCUUUCCUGGAAUCACUUCCCCCCUUGUUUCUAGGACUGCACAAAAUAUACCUUAGCUAGGGUUUUCUUUUCUUUUCUGUGUUUCUUUUCUUUUCGGUUUUGAGGUAUAAAGCAAUGACCUCAAACUGAGGUCAGCUUGGAAAAAGAACUCCUAGUUAUGUUAUAUUAUAUUUGAUGCUAUACUCUGGAAGCAGAUGCAUUUGAUGCCAGCUGAAUUUUCAUUUUUAAGCA